CACCGGAAGUGCAAGUGAGGGAGGCUGCAUCAUCAUCAUCAGCGGUGCUCGUGCAGGUUUUAAUGGAGGCUGAUAAAGAUUUAAUGUAAUGUCCGCCAUGUGUAUGGAGGACAAAGCUUUAAAUAGUGUCUUUCUGAGUCGACUCGCGCCGUUUAGAUAAUAAAACUAAUCGAUAUGGACGGCGGGAACAUCACGGAGCCACAGUGACGCUUUUUAUCAAGUUUUCUACAGAGUCAAGAUGAAGGGACGAGCAGAUGACGUCCAAGACCGGGGCUGUUUGGUGGGAAUCAUUUUCUUUAUUUUGGGCCUGGGAACGUUGCUGCCAUGGAAUUUCUUCAUGACAGCUUCACUGUACUUUCAAGAACGUCUGAAUGGUUCCCAUACAGACUUGUUCAACAGUACAGGAAAUGGUACAGGACCAGUCCGCAAUGGUACAGGACCAGUCCACAAAGAAUAUUACUUCAACAACUGGAUGACCUUACUGUCACAGCUGCCCCUGCUGCUCUUCACCCUGCUUAACUCCAUCCUUUACCAGAGGAUUUCAGAGGCUGUGCGUAUCGCUGGCAGCCUCGUCUUCAUCCUGCUGCUCUUCAUCCUCACAGCUGUGCUGGUUAAAGUACCCAUGAACACCGACACCUUCUUCUCUGUUACCAUGGCUAUUAUCUGGUUCAUCAACUCGUUUGGCGCAGUGCUGCAGGGCAGUUCGUUUGGUCUGGUGGGUCUGCUGCCUCAAAAAUACAGCUCCAUCUUCAUGAGCGGCCAGGGGCUCGCUGGGACAUUCGCUGCCAUCGCCAUGCUGAUCUCCACAGCCAGUGAUGUGGACUUUAAGUCUGCAGCGUUGGGCUACUUCAUCACACCAUGUGUGGGGACCCUCAUCACACUCUUCAGCUACCUGCUGCUGCCUCGUCUGGAAUUUGCUCGGAUUUACCUGAACCGAAGCAGCAAAUACGAAGACGGAACUACAGAUAAGCUCCUGAAAGAUGGCAGCGUUGUGGAAAACAAUAAGCUGAACAGUCAUGCUAACGGAUCAGCGAGAACUGAUGGAGUCAAGCUCAGUGAGGAGGCUGAUAAGAUGAACCUGAGCCAAGAGGGGACCAUGCAGGUGGAGAAGGGACAAGACAAGGCUUCAGUCUGGGAGGUCUUUAAAAAGAUUUGGGUAAUGGCGUUCUGUGUGACGUUUGUGUUCACGGUCACGCUGUCCGUGUUCCCCGCCAUCACCGUAGACGUCAAGACGUCGUUCCCAGGAAGAUGGGAUCACUUCUUCAUCUCCGUGUGCUGCUUCUUGAUCUUCAACAUCAACGACUGGCUGGGCCGAACCAUCACCACGCUGAUACGCUGGCCUCGUAAAGAGUCCCCUCUGUUCCCGGUCCUGGUCGUCUCCAGGGUUGUGUUCAUCCCUCUGCUCAUGCUCUGUAACGUCCAGGAUCGCUACUACCUUCCCGUCUUCUUCAGGCAUGACGCUGCGUUCGCCAUCAUCAUGGCAUGGUUCUCUGUGUCCAGCGGUUACUUCGUCUGCCUCUCCAUGUCCUACGCUCCACAGAUGGUGGAUCCUAAAGACGCAGAGACAGCAGGAGCCCUGAUGACCUUCUUCUUGUCCCUGGGUCUGUCCAUCGGGGCCGCUCUGUCCUUCCCCCUCCGAAGUCUCGUCUGAGCACCGCUUCACCAUCAGCCUGUUUCUUUCUGUUCAUGCAUUGAUGAGGAUCCAAGUCCCAGUUUAAAAUGACAGAAUUCCCCUUUAAAACCCAGGAAGCUGUUACUGUGAUUGAUUUCCUGCUGCUGACCUGAGAAACGGUUGUUCUGAGUGACAUUGGACUUUAUAAAAGUUUGUCUUGAGGCUUUAAGGAUGUUUAGAUUUGGAGCACAGCUUUGAGUCAGAAACGUGACGAGGGAACUUAUUUUUAGGCUUUCUGCAGAAAACAAAUAUUUAUAUUCAGCUCGACAUUGGGGAUGAAAUUGUUUAUUUUUUUAAGGUUGGAAAUAUUCCAUUGAAUCUGCUGUUUUUGUAAGUUUUCUUGUAUUAUUUAAAAGUUUCUUAUGAAUUGAACACGUUAGACGAGGUGCAAAGAAAAGUGUGUUUAGUUGUGAACUUGGUGUUUCUGGCCCGCUGCAGGCACAGUAAGGUUCAUGUUCAGCAAACCACCACACCGAGACGUAAAUGACAGAAAAGCAGAAGCAAAGUAAACAUAAUAAUGCUGAUCGUGUACUUGAAAUAUUUUCAGUCUAUAAUUUAUAGUUUGGACCUGAUGUGCUCCCACAAAGCAGAAACAAAUCAGCACUGCCACCUGGUGCUCAGAACACACCACAAGAGGUGGGACCGAAUACACGUACUUGCAGUAUUUCAGAUUUUUGCAUUUCUACCAUUGAUGUCAGAGUCGUCAUGGCAACCCUGGACGACUGUUCACUUCGUUACAUCGUGUUGUUUGUCUGAUUCUGGUCCAAGUAAAAAUUGAAGUUCAUCUACUUCUCUCAUUCAGGGACCCAGGACUGCAUUUUUACUACAAAGUACAAAUAUUUACUGUAAAUAUACAACAAAAAUAGUGUGGUUGAAGUUUUAUCCUCGUUUCAUAAAUAACUAAAAUGGUCUGGAGAGAGGAAAAAAAAAAAAACUUAUGCUCUUGUUUUUUUUUUUUUAGUUUUUGUAUUUGGAAUAAAUGUAUAAGGUUUGAACAAAAAGUUUGCAACUGUAGAUUCUGUUUAAACUCAUUUCAGUAAGUGCUUCAUGUUAAAACACUGACCAGCUGCUCAAACUGGGAUCAGGUUUCAUUUUAAUUUUAGAACAUCCGUUUGUAAAACGCACACAAAAAGUUUUACGUGCUCUUAUCGUCACAAGCUUCAGGACUGUUGGGAGCUCUGAAUGUGUAAAUUUGAAAAGGUGAAUGCUUUAAAAUAACUCUGCUUCUGUUAGUUCAGCUUCAUUCCAACUCACUGAUGGUCCAGGUUUGACCAGUUACCUGCCACCUCAUGGUACCAGGACUGUGCUUGUGUUCAGUUUGUCAGACGUAGCGAGAUGUGACC